AUGCGGAGACAGAAGGAGGAGUCGUUUGUUAUGUUCGCUCAUCGACUGCACAACACGCUUCAGUUUUACUUCCAAAGUCGUGAAGUCGAUUCAUUUCAAGGUGUGGUAAAUUUGAUUUGCGCCGACCGCCUGAAGGAACUUCUUCCGAAAAACGUGUUAGAAUUCGUGUUAACCCAAGAAAUGGACGACUGGAUGGGUUAUGAGGUUUUAGCAAAAACAGUCGACCGACACGAGAUGAAUAUGAAUAUGAAGAUGUCCAGCCAACCAACGACAUCAAAGCGACCACCUCCCGUUUUUUAUAAAAACGUGUCCAAUGAUGCCAGAAAAGAGGACCGGUGCUACAGAUGUAAUAUGUCAGGGCAUAUCGCAAGACAACAAAAAUCAACUUUGAAACCCCUUGAAGUUGUAGAACCAUUCGAACGCGUACACAUCGAUAUCAUUGGUCCAUUCCCAGAAAGUCCAAAAGGAUACAAGUAUGCGUUGAUAUGCGUUGAAUCACUGAGUCGCUUUUGCUGA